AGAAAAGCUAUACAUUGAGUCUGUUAUAUAGUAUGUGGAAAGUGUAAAUAAGUCUAUCAAUAAAAUCCAUUAUCAAGAAGCUUUAAUCAAAAAUAUAAAACUUAACCGGUUUGAUUUUUUUUUUUCAUUCUUGAACUAUUACAAUGUUUGUGACUAGAACUAUGAAAACUUACAAAAGUUCCUUAAACAAGUUCUCGCAAAGUAAACCAACUCAACAUCUUGCAUCUAAAAAAAUGGAAGAUCAUACAUGCGAUCAAGAAGUAUCUACGAAUAAGUCUAGACUGUCUAGUGAACUUCCUGUUCCUGAUAUUAUUGAUUAUAAUUUAAACGUUUUAUUUGUAGGUCUCUUUUCCGGAAAGAAAAGCAUUAAAGAAAGACAUCAUUAUUCGUCGUCCAAUAAUCAUUUUUACUACGCCUUAUAUGAAAGUGGUAUGACAAAUGGAGACCACUUAACUUACUUGGAUGACCAACGUCUUGCACGAGAUUAUAAAAUUGGAAUCGUAACUUUAGCUUCGAGACCAGAACAUCGUUCAAAGACAAAAUUGUCUUUUGAAGAGAUUAAACAAGAAUUUCCAAACCUUCUUGAAAAGGUCGAAAAGUAUCGACCAAAGGUUCUUUGUUUUAAUGGAAGAGCCGUGUUUCAGGCUUUUGCAGUUUUUCAAAAUGCUCGGAUUAGUUCUUCUACAAAAAGGAAGAAGAUAGUAAGUGAAGAUUGGAGUCAACAACCAAAUUUUUCUAUUCGGUGGAACGAUCGUACAGGUUAUACAAAGGUUUUCUACGUAAUGUCGACGAGUGGACGCGUUUUUCAACAUAAAAGACAAAACAAAACAAAGUAUUUUAAAAAAUUGAAAGAGCUUAUAGACGAAGAUAGUAAUGAAGAAAGUAUAAAAUAUAUUAAAAGAGAAGAACGACAUGUUAUAGAUACCAGAAUAAGGGGAGAAGGCAUUGAUUUGAUAAAUGCUUGCUUCAAAGAAGAAUUUAACAAUGAGCAAGAUGAUUAUGAAGAAAAUGACGUAGAAGACACCUCGCCUAAUAAAAAAUGUAGACUUGAACAGGAUUAUUCUCCACCAAAGUCUUUUGUAGCAAAAAGAUGGUAGAUUACUGGGAAUUAUGUGAUUAUAAAAUAACCUUUAACUUGCGAUUGGUCGGAUAUUAAGAAUUUAAGCAUUAUCCUUGAAAAAUGUUAGUUUUUAAUGAUUAAUAAAAUUAAUUACAUUAUCUUUGCUUAUAUAAUAUUUUAUAUAAUGUAAAGGAACCCUUAGCCAAAUUAUGUGACUUCCCUAAAAAAAGUAUCUAUUAAUUUUUAUUGCAAAUAUCUUAAAUAUCUUUGAAAACAAAAAUAAGCAUUGUUUUCAUUUUUUUUUUUAGUUUCUUCGAUUUCUUCACAAAUUA